UUUCAUCUUCGCCGUUUCUCUCUCUCACUCGUCUCUCUCUCCCGUCUCAUCCCGCCGCCGUCAUUGUGAAACUAGACAGAAUUGUUGAAGGCGUCAUCUAGGAAGCUCAUUUUUGCAACCAAGGCACGCUCGGUGUCAACCAUGGCAGCUGGAGGAGAGAGUGUGGCGAGUGUGAAGCGGCAGUUAGGAAAACUGUUUGAAGUUUCGAUUAGAACAGCUGUGCCUGAUGUGAAUGUCGAGCCAGCAGUUGUUCCGUCGAUUGAAAAGUCUGGGAAGAAGUUUGGAGAUUAUCAGUGUAACAAUGCCAUGGACAUCUGGUCUAAGAUUAAGGGAAAGGGAACUGCAUUCAACAAUCCUAGAUCUGUUGGAGAGGCCAUCAUGGCAAAUCUUCCUAAAUCCGAUAUAAUAGAGUCAUGCACGGUGGCAGGGCCUGGGUUUGUUAAUAUCGUGUUGGCAAAGGAUUGGAUGGCUAAGAGCUUACAAAAGAUGCUUGUUGAUGGUAUUGAAACAUGGGCACCACAGCUCCAGAUCAAACGGGCUGUUGUUGACUUUUCAUCACCUAAUAUUGCCAAGGAAAUGCAUGUUGGCCAUUUGCGAUCUACAAUUAUCGGGGACACACUAGCCAGGAUGCUUGAGUUUUCCAAAGUUGAAGUUCUUCGACGUAAUCAUGUUGGUGACUGGGGAACACAGUUUGGCAUGUUGAUUCAAUACCUUUUCGAAAAGUUUCCAAACGUGGAUGAUGUUAAUGAAAUGGAAAUCGGUGAUCUUCAGGAAUUCUAUAAGCAGUCAAAAAAGAGAUUUGAUGAGGAUCCGGCCUUCAAGGAGAGAGCACAAGCUGCAGUUGUAUCCCUUCAGGGUGGGACUCCCAAGUAUCGUGAGGCAUGGCUUCAAAUUUGUGAAGUCAGCCGUAGAGAGUUUCAAAUGGUCUAUGAACGCCUUGGAACUCAGUUAGAGGAAAAGGGAGAAAGCUUUUACAACCCAUAUAUUCCUGGGGUUUUAGAGAAGUUGACUGAACAAGGACUGAUUGUGGAAAGCGAGGGUGCUCGUGUAAUCCAUCUUGAGGGUUUUAACAUCCCCCUUAUUGUUGUGAAGAGCAAUGGCAGUUAUAAUUACGCUUCCACCGAUUUGGCAGCUCUUUGGUAUCGACUUAAUGAGGAGAAAGCUGAAUGGAUCAUAUAUGUUACUGAUGUUGGCCAGCAGCAACACUUUAGUAUGUUUUUCAAGAAAGCUGAAUGGAUCAUAUAUGUUACUGAUGUUGGCCAGCAGCAACACUUUAGUAUGUUUUUCAAGGCGGCUACACUUGCAGGUUGGCUUCCAGCUGAUGGCUCGUACCCUAAAGUUAGCCAUGUUGGAUUUGGUCUUGUUCUUGGAGAAGAUGGCAAACGAUUCCGGACUCGCUCUUCUGAUGUGGUUCGAUUGGUUGAUUUACUUGAUGAAGCCAAGAGCCGAAGCAAAACAAGUCUUGUCGAGCGUGGUAAGAGUGAAGACUUUACUGAAGAGGAGCUUGAGAAAAUUGCAGUGGCUGUUGGUUAUGGCGCUGUGAAGUAUGCUGAUCUGAAGAACAACAGAUUGACCAAUUACACUUUUGAUUUCGAUCAAAUGCUAAAUGAUAAGGGAAACACUGCUGUUUACUUGCUAUACAUGCAUGCUCGGAUCUGUUCAAUAAUAAGGAAAUCUGGUAAAGACAUUGACGAAUUGAAAAAAACGGGAGAAAUUGUGCUGGGUCAUGCAGGUGAGGGUGAAUUGGCGCUUCACUUGUUAAAGUUUUCUGAGACCGUGGAGGAGGCUUGCACUAAUCUGUUGCCAAGUGUUCUAUGCGAAUACCUCUAUAAUCUAUCAGAAAUCUUUAGCGGGAAGUUCUAUUCCAAUUGCCAGGUUAUCGGGACGCCAGAGGAAACGAGUAGACUGUUACUUUGUGAAGCAACAGGCGUUGUCAUGAGGAAAUGUUUCCAUCUUCUAGGAAUCGAAGCAGUGUACAAGAUGUGAUGUGUUCACCCAGUCGACAGUUAAAUCACCAAAUAUGUAAUAGUGUGCGAUCAAAUGCCUGCUUUAACAUAGGGAUUUUGAACUCAUGUUAUCCAUUUUCACUGUAAAACCAUAUCAAGAUGUCAAUGACUCAAUUUUGAUGAAAUGUAGCAUAGUUCUUUGGCUAU